UCAGAUCGUUUUACACAGGUGUGUGUGUGUGUGUAGGAAGUAAAUGGAUAAAGGUGUUUGGAAACAGAACAUCUUCAGGGGAGAACGUGUUGCACUGCACACAUGAAGACAAGAUCUGUCCUGCUGCUCACAGUGAUGCUGACCGCAUCAACAAGUGGUCUGGACUCCAUGUGUGAUGCUCCUCAGGAUGCUACAUGUUAUGGGGCUCUGGGAGGACCUGUGUACCUGCAGCUGAUGAGGAACACCAGUGGACAUCAGCUGAGCCUCCGUUAUAACAAUACAGCUGUUUUUAAAUUCAGAAAUUCCAUGUCAGUGUUUAAUAAUGAGUUCAACACCCCAUCAGUCCUCCAGAGGUGGCAGUUUGUUCCUGAUAACGGGACCAUGAUUAUCAACCCUGCAGAGAGGAGAGACGCAGGAACAUACGGAGUGGAGAUCCAUAAAGAUGGGACAUCAGUGGGACAACACACAGUACAGCUGACCAUAGAAGCCCCCGUGUCUGAUGUGGACAUGUUAAUCAACUGCUCAGCCAAUGGGGAGAGGAGUGUAAGGUGCUCCUCCAAUGGGGAGAGUCCUCAGUACAGCUGGUCUCUGGAUGGGAGGCCUCUGGGUGAAGCUGAUGCUGAUCUCAGUUCAGAUAACCAGAAACUCCUGCUGAGGGGGGAUGUGACUGGACAACUCACCUGCAGCGUCAGGAACCACGUCAGCAGCACACACACCACCAGACUGAUGGAGUUCUGCUCUGGUGCCUCCACCACUGUGUCUGUCACACCAGCUAACCACACCCUCCCCUCUGCCCACACAGCGCACCCAGUCUCAGAGUCAGACGCCCCACACAACUGCAUCCAGCACUCGGCUUCCUCCUGCUCACCUGGCACACCUGAUACAUCACUUGCUACAGCACCUGGGUUUGUCCUUCCUGUCUCGGUGUCUCUUGCUGCCAUCCUUGUGUGUGUGUUUGUGGCAGGGGGGAUACUCUACGUCUGCAAGAGGAAAAAACACACACAAACAGGUGUGAAUGUGGAGGUGCCGUAUGCUGAGAUAGACUUCAGGGGGCAGCAGAGAGCGCAGGUGUACGAGGAGGUGAAAUCUCCUGCGGUCAGCGCCUCACCUGUCCAGCAGGUGUACUGUGUGGUCAGCGCCUCACCUGUCCAGCAUGUGGAGUACGAGGAGGUGAAAUCUCCUGCGGUCAGCGCCUCACCUGUCCAGCAGGUGUACUGUGUGGUCAGCGCCUCACCUGUCCAGCAUGUGGAGUACGAGGAGGUGAAAUCUCCUGCGGUCAGCACCUUACCUGUCCAGCAGGUGUACAGUGUGUAUGCCCAGGUGGGCCCACCCCUGGGAACCCCGUAGAGACUCGGCCGUAUCCACAAUGUCUUAUCAGCAGAAUUCAUUUAACAUGCGAUGUCUUAUGAUGACUCAGCAGAAUUCAUUUAUAAUUAAUUUAUAUUAUUUUGUCUACAUUAUUCUCUU